AUGGAGUCUUUGUCGCUAACAUGGAUCACGGCUAUUGCCGUGGUACUAUAUCUCGUCCAACGCUAUGUCAGGUCAUAUUGGCGGCUCAAGGAUAUACCAGGUCCGGUGUUGGCAAAACUCACGGAUCUCCAACGUGUGUGGUGGGUGAAGACUGGCCGAGCACAUGAGUUUCAUCGUGACAUGCAUGCCAUGUAUGGCCCUAUCGUUCGAUUUGGACCAAACAUGGUUUCAGUCUCUGAUCCUCGUGUUAUACCAACCAUCUACCCGAGUAGACCUGGAUUCCCGAAGGGUGACUUUUAUCGCACGCAAAAACCAUAUACCCGGAAUAAGGGCGCAAUGCCCGCGGUCUUUAACACUCAAGACGAGGAUCUGCACAAGCAACUUCGAAGCCCGAUCGCCUCGUUGUAUUCCAUGACAAAUGUGGUGAGACUCGAGCCACUGGUCGAUGAAACUCUUACAGUACUAUCGAAACAACUCGAUGAGCGCUUCGUGGGUACGAAUGAUAAGCCGUUCGAUCUCGGGGAUUGGUUGCAAUAUUUCGCCUUCGACUCCAUGGGCACAUUGACCUUCUCCCGAAGAUACGGCUUUUUGGAGCAAGGUCGUGAUAUGCAUGGAAUCUUGCAGGAGAUUUGGAAUUUCAUGACCCGAGUCGCUGUGAUGGGACAAAUUCCGUGGUUUGAUGAGAUCUGGAACAAGAAUUCAUUCAUUACUUUAUUCAAGCGACCUACCGGGUUUGGUGUGUUGAAGGUUGUCGAUAACUUUAUAUCUCAACGAGUGUCCAGUCGUGAGAAUGACGAGAAAGCAGACGAAAAGGACAUGCUUUCUCAAUUCUUGAAUAUCCAAGCAUCAAAUCCUCAUUCUAUCAUGCCUUGGGCACCAAGGGCGUGGACCUUCUCUAACGUCAUGGCUGGCUCAGACUCUACUGCGAAUGUCAUGCGUACCAUGAUGUAUAACCUUCUCGUUGACCGAGAUACGUUGAAAAGUCUGCGAGCCGAGCUUUUGGAAGCGGAGAGCUCAAAUGGCCUGUCUCGAUCCUUGCCUUCUUGGGAUGGAGUGAGAAGCCUGCCUUAUCUUGAUGCAUGCGUUCUUGAAGCUUUGCGUCUGCAUCCCCCAUUCUGUCUGCCCUUUGAACGAGUCGUCCCUGAAGGCGGUAUCACAGUCUGUGAGACAUAUCUUCCAGCGGGAACAGUUGUUGGAAUUAGUCCCUACUUGGCCAACCGCGAUAAACAAACAUUUGGUGACGAUGCAGAUAAAUGGCGACCUAGCAGAUGGUUAGAUUUGAGCCGCGAAGAUCGGGUCAAGCUUGAGAACAGUAUUCUCACAUUUGGCGCGGGACGUCGGACUUGUUUAGGAAAGAACAUCGCCAUUCUUGAGAUCAAGAAGCUCUUUCCGAUGUUGCUUUUGAAUUAUGAAAUCGAAAUUGUGAACCCUGAAAAUUACCAGACCACAAAUGCCUGGUUUUUCAGACAGUGGGGCUUGCACGCAGUGAUUCGCAAACUGCCAGCACCAGAACGAGAUGAUACCAUUGAGCAGAAAGCUUCCAUCCCGCCUGCUUUGAAUAUUCCUCCUUCAUCUUCGACAGUCGAUGUGCGAAUUAUUGACUCGGGAACACUACUUGAUCUGAGACCUGAUUUAUUCUGGACACCUGAUCUCCCAGGGCUUCUGAAGGUCACAGCUCCAACUUACUGCUUUUUGAUCUCAAAUGGCAGUCGGCAUGUUUUGUUUGACCUAGCCGUUCGACAAGACUGGGAAAACCUCCCACCAUCCAUCGUGGCCAUGAUCAAAUCGCAAACGGUCAUCCAAGAGCCACGCAACAUCUCAGAUGUUCUUGACUCAGACGAAUCCUCCCUGGGGAUCCGAAGCAAAGAUAUUGAAGCGAUCAUCUGGUCGCAUGCCCAUUUUGACCACAUUGGUGACCCAUCAACUUUUCCCCCAUCUACCGAGCUAGUCGUCGGACCUGGCAUCCGAGACACCCACUGGCCCGGGUUCCCAACCAACCCAGACGCAAUAAACCUCAACACCGACAUCCAAGGUCGCAAUGUGCGUGAGAUCUCCUUUGAAAAGACACAGAAGGGAGCCACCAAGAUCGGUUCCUUUGACGCCAUGGACUAUUUUGGCGAUGGGUCCUUUUAUCUUCUAGAUGCUGCGGGUCAUUCCGUGGGCCAUAUCGGUGCUCUUGCUCGCGUGACUACCUCUCCAGACUCGUUUGUCUUCAUGGGUGGUGACUCAUGUCACCAUGCCGGAGUGCUUCGACCCACAAAAUAUCUUCCUUGUCCACUCGACUCUGGUGACACUUCACUUCCAUGCAAAUCCGACUCUGUUUUCACGUUAUCGCCUGCACUGCCAACUGAUUACACUGCUGCUUUGAGGACAGUCGAGAAUAUUAAGGAGCUCGAUGCCUGUGAGGAUGUAUUCGUCGUCCUUGCUCAUGAUGCUACCUUGAAAGGGAAAGUCGACUUUUACCCUUCGAAAAUCAAUGAUUGGAAGGCGAAAGAGUACGGCAAGAAGACAAAAUGGCUUUUUUACAAGGACAUUGAGAAUGCCAUAGAAGGACAGAAGUAA